UCAUUUGGUUCUCUAGUUGAAAAAGUUUAAGAACCUCUGAAUUAGUUUAUUAAGCUCUGGCUAAACUCACAACCAGGGUGGGACUUCUUCCUUUUCUGCUGCGCCCAUUUGUUGACCCUCCAAAGGCAAAGUCGCGUUUUCAUUGGCUGUUGGUGCACACGAAUUUUGACCAAAUCAAGUGCCAAAUACAUUUGCAGACGCACUCGGUUAAUCGUGGAUAGUGGUGAAAACAGUCGAGGGAGAGCGAGACCUCGUCAUUUUCCCAGUGAAGGUUUUAGAACGAUACAUCUAAAGGCACAUCAUGUCUAAAGGCACAGUGGUUCUGGCCUACAGUGGAGGACUGGACACCUCCUGUAUCUUGGUGUGGUUGAAGGAAGAAGGAUAUGAUGUCAUCACAUACUUGGCUAAUAUUGGACAAGAAGAGGACUUUGAUGCUGCAAAGAAGAAAGCAGAGCGUCUUGGAGCAAGGAAGGUGUUCAUUGAGGACCUGAGGGCAGAGUUUGUGGAGGAGUUCAUUUGGCCAUCGGUCCAGGCCAACGCCAUCUAUGAGGACCGCUACCUGCUGGGCACCUCGGUGGCCCGGCCCUGCAUCGCCCGCCGCCAGGUCCAGAUAGCACGCCAGGAGGGUGCCCAGUACGUCUCCCAUGGCGCAACGGGAAAGGGCAAUGAUCAGAUCCGAUUUGAGCUCACCUGCUAUGCCCUCUACCCUGAGGUCAAAAUUAUUGCUCCGUGGAGGAUCCCUGAGUUCUACAAUCGCUUCUGUGGGAGGAAGGAUCUGAUGGAGUAUGCUGAGAAACAUGGUAUCCCUGUGCCCGUCACCCCUAAAGCACCCUGGAGCAUGGAUGCCAACCUCAUGCACAUCAGCUACGAGUCUGGAAUACUGGAAAAUCCCAAGAGCCAUGCGCCAGCGGACCUGUACCUGAUGACCAGGAACCCAGAGGACGCCCCCAACAGCCCAGAUGUGCUGGAGAUAGAGUUCAAAAAAGGUGUUCCCAUCAAGGUGACCCACGUCAAGGAGGGCAAGUCCAAGGACACACCGCUGGACAUCUUCUCUUACCUCAAUGAGAUUGGAGGGAGGCAUGGAGUGGGAAGGAUCGACAUCGUGGAGAAUCGCUUCAUCGGCAUGAAGUCUAGAGGUAUCUAUGAGACCCCAGGAGGCACCAUCCUCUACCACGCUCACCUGGACAUAGAGACCUUCACCAUGGACCGAGAGGUCAGGAGGAUCAAACAGGGCCUGGGAGUCAAGUUCUCUGAGAUGCUUUACAACGGUUUCUGGUACAGUCCGGAGUGUGAGUUUGUGCGGCACUGCAUAGACAAGUCCCAGGAGAGCGUGGAGGGCAAGGUGCAACUGUCUGUCUUCAAGGGCCAGGUCUACAUCCUGGGCCGUGAGUCGCCCAAAUCACUCUACAACGAGGAACUGGUCAGUAUGGACGUGCAGGGCGACUACGACCCGUGUGACGCCUCUGGAUUCAUCAAGAUCAAUGCUGUCAGGCUAAGGGAGUACCACCGUUUGCUGGGUGAAGCUCGAUCCAAGCACUAAGCAGUCGGCCUUGGACCAUCUUCUCUCUCUCUCUCUCUCCACUGUGUCUUCAGCAGCUUUAGACUUCCCAAUGUGUACUCUGUCAUCCAUCUAGCCUUACCAGAGAAGUGCUCUAGUUGAAUAUUUCAUAUUAGGAGGUGUUACAGUAGGUUCUAAUAAAACAUAUUUGGAUCAUUUGAA